AUGAGCCGCCUUGUGAAGGUGAUCGGUGAGGCAGGCUGCUGGGGGUCAAAAAUUGUUGGCCAAGAUAAACCAACUCUUCAACUGGACGAAAAAUUUAUCGCCCAGGCUCUAGAUAAGAGGAAAAUGGCGGGAAAAAGAGUAGCUCUACGUGUGUUUAGAAAAGAGGAAAAUGGUGGAAAAACAAAAGAGAUACCGAUUAUACGUGUGUUUAGACAAGAGGAAAUUGGAGCGACAAGGGAGGUAGGAGCAGCUCUGACCCGGAUCUGCCUGCGUCACCGAGCUGUGGAGUCCCGCGUCAAAACCCUUACCAGCGCUCUGGUGGAGUGUGUGGUGGUGCCCCUACAGGAGAAGGUGGAAGAGUGGAGACGGUCUCAUCACGCAUUCGACAAGGACCACACCAAAGAGUAUAAGAAAGCGCGGACGGAAAUAAAAAAGAGGACUGAGAAUGCCGCCCGACUACAGAAAAAGGCCAAGAAGGCGGGCAAGAACUCCGAACUGAACAAGGUGUUGGAGUCAACAGUGGUGGACUUACGGGCACGCUACGGCGUUCUGGAGGAGGUGGAGAGGUCAGCAGUGCGCCAGGCCCUGACGGAGGAGCGUGCCAGAUACUGUGCGUUCGCCCACGCCCUCAGACCCGUCCUGGAUGAGGAGGUCGGGCUGGUGAGUGAGCUGGGCCACCUACAGGAGGUCAUGAACCAGCUGGAGAAGCACGUUGCUGACCCCCACACCCUCCCACCAGCCAGCGAACAG